AUGACACCAUUCACAUCGACUGCACUGCUGUCCAAGGCGAAUCGUCUACGUGGAUCAUUAACGAGAUUAGGAUCAAGAGAUUCAAUUUCUUUCGCGACACAAAAGCAGAAAGGAAAGGGUCCGAUGCCUGUGACGGCUACUUCCUUUUUGUUGCAAACAACUGCGUGGAUCUCGCUGAAUGUUCGACGAGGAAGCGUUGCCGAUAUUUCUAUAUCUAUACCUUCUAUUGCAGCGCAAGAUGAGAAUGAUCUACAGGAAUGUUUGGUGUGGCAAUUUCUGCUUGAGGAGUAUGAUAUUGGCUUUGAAUUGUUGGAAAAUGGCGCUGUGGUGCAAUAUUUGGAUCGAUUCAAAGCAGCCGAAAGACCUACUUUAGGCUUUAGUACAAAUGAUACAACGCCGCCUUUGUCACUGCAAUUUGAUGCCUUGGAACCCACGGCGGAAGGUAAAUUCAAUGACAUUAAACCCGAAAGAGUCUACACUUUGCGUUGGGACAAUUUAUACUCUUUAAUACGGCAUAAACAAGUUCAAUAUCGCUUUCUUGUAGCGUCUAGGCGUGUGGUUGCAGUAGCUGAGCUGGCGGUGCAAGAAUCGCAGUCGCGUUUGCAGAAAAAAGCGAGGAGGACGGCGGCAGGAUUGCCACUUCCUCACUUGGCGAAGACUUUAUUGAAGGAGCGUGUGAUGACGGAUGAUGAUAUCAAGGUGGAGAAGAAAUGUAUGAUGGCUACUUUGGAGCAGACAGUGAUGGACAUUGUGGCAAUUUUUACCGCAAAACCUGACAAUCCACUGCAUGAAGGAGCCGUUCGAUCCUUUGUAUUGGUACUGGAAGCUAUUCUGUGUAAUGGAAUUAAGGAAGAAUGUCUGGAUGUGUGGCCAGAAGCACCAUUUUACGAAUUCUUGCUGGAGACACAGUAUGUACUACGUGAUGACCUUGGGAUCGUGGCGGAAAUACAAGCACGAGCGCCACCAUCGAAUCUAAAGUUUCUAGGAUGGAAUCGUUCACGUUCCUUUUUGCUGCUAGCUUUGAACAAGGGCAUUCUACAGCGCGCGUUUGAGAAUCUUAGCAAAAGGAGAACGGUUGUGGAAAAGUACUAUGAGCCUAGAGCUCUUAUGUACAAGUAUGACGAUGCCCGGAAAAUCGCCUCCUUCAUUAGUGCCCUGAAUGGAGUCACGUUCCUACUAGCCGCGUAUCCACCCGAUGAGUGUAACUCAAAAGAUCAACAUGACUUUCCGCGGAACCUUAAGCAGUGUGCUCCAGAGGCUCCACUGUUUGGCAACGAAAUUGCUUUUCAAGAUGGCUUGGAAGGCGAUAGCGCCGUGGUAAAACUCAUUGAAGGAGAUCCUGAUGAAAUCAAGAAUCUUGAAGAUUGUACUGUACCUCGGUAUAUUCUACAUGAAGAACCAUUUCAAGAUAUUGUGGUUGGGUACGUCUUCUUUCACAUAGCUGUUACCGCGUUGCUUCAGCUAACAGAAUGUAUGUGGCUGCGCUGCACUGCACCGAAACCCAGGCAUGCAUCGUUUGAAUUGCUUUCGCUUUCUGGCAGUGGAGCAAUUUUCUUAGCGCAGCUACGAGUCCAAACGCAGGACAUCUUACUGACGCUUACCACUCACGCUGGUCAAGACGUGACACGGCCACUGCAAUUAUCGGCUUCAGACGAAUUGGUGGAAGUGUCUGUACGGUUCAAGUCUGACCCGGUUGGUGGUCUGGCUGUGAAGCUUGAUAACUCUUUCUCCAUGGUUCGCUCUAAACAAGUGCACAUUCGCUGCAUAUCUGCUGAUAAAAGGGCUUACAAGACAGCAUGGGAAGGGUCCUUAAACAUGGCACGAUCUAUUUCGUGGAAUCAUGCUUCUAGGGCUGGAAAUGAACGGUGUGAUAAAUUCAUGGCGUCACUACAUGAGAAAGAGGAGACGGAAGUAACGCUUCAACGGCAGCAAGAUGGGUGCGACACAGAGGAUGGCAACCAAGACAAGGAGGAAGGUAGUAUGGGGUUUCGCUCCUCGCUUCUCUCCAAACCCGUGUCGUAUAUUGUUGGUGGUCUGCUGUCAAAUGAAGGCAGUGUUGAAGCUUGCGAUCAGUGCCUGACUCCAUUCUCCUUCUUUAGUCGACAGCAUGAAUGUCCGUGCUGCAAGAAGAUCGUGUGUAUUCAAUGCUCACGACAUUACGUGAAAAGAAACGAUAAGGUCCCCCAGCUUAAAGUUUGCGACGGAUGCUUUGUCAAAGAAAAAGAGAAAGAGCGAACGCGUAUUGCGAGAAUGAAGUGCAAAGCCACUGGCAAUGGUCGCGAGCAACCAGAAUAUGCAACACUUCGAAGAGACCCUGCAAUGGAUAAGUACUUCAAGAUGCUUAGCUUUGGUGUUCCACGUAGCGCAGUGACGCAGAAAAUGACCUCAGACGAAAUGCCUUCGGAACAAGUUGCCAUUUUUGCUGCGGGACCUGACGGAAGCGAUGUUUCCCAUGUCGGUAGAGCAGAAAGGAGAAAACAGUGCUCAGACAGUCGAUGUUAUGAUCGACGUGACAGCACAUUUCGUAAAAUUUAUUGGACUAGCCUGGAGAAGGCCAAUGAAACUAUUUGGACUCGUAUGACAGCAAGACGCAAGACUGCUCCGAUCACACUAUCCUCACAGGAUUUUCGCGAGCUGGAGCAUCGUUUUGGGAACAGGACAGCAGUGCUACCUUCAGGGUCCAAGGAGAAUACCGCAGCCAAGGCCAAAUUCUCAGCCCUUGAUUCACGGAGAGCUAACAACAUUUUAAUCGGGCUGAGUCAAUUCAAAGCAUUUGGGGGAGCUGACUCCAUAUUGUCGGCGCUAAAGCGUUGUGACUUCGAGUAUCUCUCAGUCGAUCGCUUAACGAAAUUGCUAGUUAUCGCGCCAAAUAGUAUGGAAGCAAAGCGUUAUUCCAAUUUUAAAGGUUCUCGAUCACAUCUGGAACCUUCGGAAAAGUUCCUCGUAGAGAUGUGUGAGAUUCCUCGAGUGACGGAAAAGAUCAAUGUUAUGCUGUUUGCUGCACAAUUUGAACACCAGCAACAGGAGUUGAACAACCGUAUUCGGGUAAUCAUCCAGGCGUGCUACGAAGUUCUGCAUAGUGAACGUCUUGCCCGGUGUUUUGAAUUGGUUUUGGCAAUUGGAAACAUCUUAAAUACCGGCACCGAACUUGAAGGUGCACAGGGUAUAACCCUUGCUUCUCUUUUGAAGCUUUCAGAGACAAAGGCUAUAGAUCGAAGCAUGACGCUGCUCCAAUUCAUCAUCAAGCUUAUUCACGAUCGAGGCGAAGGUGAUGUUUUGCUCUUUGUUAACGACCUCAGUACACUUUGUGAGGCAAGACGAUUUUCCAAUGUGAUGUGCGACUCUCAAGCUCGAGCAUUGCAGCACGACAUCUCCAAGCUUGAGCAGGAGAUCAAAGAAGACAUGAUUGAAGACCUGAAGCGAUUCAACAAAGCUGAGGCUGUUCGAAAGCUUCGUUUCGAGCAGCCGACACACCCGGGACAUCGUUCACCAUUGAUUUCUGAACGCGCAGGAAUGAUAAAGAGGAACGAGGUGGCAAAUAGCGCGCGAGGUAGAAGCUCUGAGUCACGCAACUCUAUACUCAAUGCCAUCCGAAAGCGUAGUACAACUAGCAUGAAUGAUGCACCGGGUCAAAUUAAUACUGUUGGGACCACAUCGAAUAGCCAGCGCACAGAUCUACUAGCUGCAGUUCGUAGUCGUCAUCGAGAGAAAGUUAACUCAGACGCCACCGAAAGAGCAUCACAGACAUCUAUUUUUUCUGCCAUCCGUUCCAAGAGAAGUGUGGACCAAAGCGCAGACGCCAGCGCUCAAUCACAACCAAGAGGUUUACACGAAGAUUCGCCUGUGCAAGAUACUUUUCAUGCAGCAGCUCUGACUUGUAUUCCAGACAAGUCGCGGAGAACACCAGCAGAAAAUAACAAAGCUCAAGAUAGGCAAGUACGUAGCGAGGUUCAUCAAGUUUCUGGUCUAGCUGCUAGCAAGCAGUAUGAAGUACCGACAUCAAGCCCAGAUAACCGUGCGACUCCUGUCCAUUCGGCUCUACUAGAAUCUAUCCAGCAACACCGUACACGUGUCUUCACCAACGAUACUAGCGGGGUUGAGCAGAACGGGUCAUCAACGAUAAAUGGCCACGCACUAGCAGCGCUAUUAGCUGCGAUCAGGCAGCGGUCCAGCAAACCAAAUCGAGACAUGUCAAAGGGUGGUGUAAAUGAUUCCAGCAUAGAUGAUGAGGACUUGGAGCCACGGCAGUACCAAAUGAAAAGCAAGUUUAUCUCUGUAAUGAGGGAGCGGCUUCUGAUUAUCAAGACAGCUUUUGAAGACAUCGAGACGAACUUGGAGACUCUACACUCCGUCUGGGACGGCACAGCACGGUAUUUGGCAGAAGACUCCAGUGCGUCGUCGUCUGAGUACGUGUUUGGUCUCCUAAACAGGUUCUUGCUCGACGUAAAGGUCGCAAAGACUCUGCUUUUCCGCAAGGGUCUCAGUUUUGCCAAUGAAGCGAGCAUAUUCGUUCCAGAUGCGUACGUUGGAAGUACCAUUGCGACCAGGUUCGGUGCAGGGGUUAUCACGGCACUUCGAGUUGUCGACAAACGCAUCGAGGUAAAAUUCCCCUGGAGUAAAGAGGCUUAUCUUACACCGUCAGCCAUUUUAUCAGUUGGUAGUUUGGUGCAAUGUCGCCGAUUGGGUGUGGGAAUUAUUCGCAAGACAUGCUACGAUAUGGGCUUUUGCGAUAUUCGAUUUUCCUUUGGGUACGGCAAAGUUCGUGUUGAGGAUCUCACGUUGGAAACAAGAUCAAACCAACAGGAUUUACGUUGCAGUAUAUUGCGUAAUGGCUUUAUCAUUGGUGAUCCAGUCAUAACGUCAUUUGGAUGCGGCCAUGUUCAAUGGCUAAGGAGAGACUUACAAAACCCCGAAUCUGUGCUAUCAGUGAGCUUGCUUGCAUCGGACUCGGACGCUUAUGGUCACGACUAUACCUGCACAGAAUUCGCAUUUGUAUCUGCUCGCAAUGUAAAGUGGAACUACUGA